AUGACGCUAGGGGGGAAGAGCGGGGACGACGUGCUGCGGCUGAUAAACUCGGCCUGCCAGAGCCCGCCCUGCUUCUCGCUGCACCCGCUGGUCGGCUUCCCCAUCAACGCCAUCUUCGUGGAGUUCAUGCAGACGCAGAACGGCAGGGCCUUCUUCGCCGACCGCGAAGUCAACGCCGCCCUCAAGCCCGUCCUCGACGACUACAACCGCAUGCUCCAGUCCCCCGCCUCCCUCGCCUUCAUGACGCCGACUCGCCCAGCGGCUGGCUCUGAAGUUCAGGCCGGGGGCGAGGGCGGUCGGAGCGGGGUCCCCGAGGGCGUACCGAGGGAGAACACCAUCGUCAGCUCCUGCGAGUCCACGCCCCUGCUGAGUCCCCUGCAGCCGCAGACCAACGUGCGGAAGACCGACCGCUUCUGGCUCAAGGACCAAGUCUACUCGCUGGCGGACAUGUUCGGGGCGGACAGGGAGGACCUGGCCUCCCUCUUCGAAGGCGGGACCGUCUACCAGGCCUUCCUGAGCGCCCUCUUCUACCACCGCUGGCACUCGCCCGUCGACGGGGUGGUCGAGGACGUCUACGACAUCGCCGGCACCUACUACCUCGACCAGUCCGAGGCCCUCCCCUACGACGAGGCCUCCCCGACAUGA